UAUUUGUAAAUUGCAAUAAUUCAUUCUUUGUAGAUGUUUAGUCUGCACUCUGCACUGUGCACGUUGGUAUUCGUGGAUACUAUAUAGUUAUAUAUACAUAUAUCCACUUGCAUUGGGUUGGAUAAAGAGGAAGAGGAAAUGGCGUACGCUCUUGCUCCCGUGAUUAACAUACGUCCAUGGAGUUUCGGAUUUGUAACUACGGCUUCAAGUAUUCGUUACCUAUCCCGAUCACUAAACUUGAGCACAUUUCGGAGAUAUGUACCAUAUUCCUCCGUUGGAAAAUUGACCAAGGCCACUGGUGAUGCCAGCUUCCGGAGGGUUGAGGACGAAGAUGAAGAGGAAGAAGUAUUUCAAGUCUUGACCGCAGUAACUAGCGACUACAAUGACAUUGUAAUUGUAGACACUCCCAAAUCCAGAAUGUUGCUUCUCGAUUCUUCUUAUAAUGUCCACAGCAUUCUUUAUAAGGAGCAGAUGUGGACAGGUUCUUAUUGGGAUGAGUUUGCUAGCCUGCCAGCUAUAAUUCCGGAAGGGCCAAUUGCUAUACUUGGAUUGGGAGGGGGAACUACUGCUCAUUUGAUGCUUGCUUCAUGGCCCUCGUUGCAGCUUGAAGGUUGGGAGAUUGAUGGAAUCCUAAUUGACAAAGCAAGAAAUUUUCUGGGGCUAUCUGAUCUUGAGAAGCAUUCUGCUGAUGGCGGGAUACUUAACAUUCACAUCGGAGAUGCUCUUGAUCCAUCAGUCCGAAUCUCUGGGGGUUAUGCUGGAAUUGUUAUUGACUUGUUUUCUAAUGGAAAGGUUUUGCCUCAGUUGCAACAGGUUGGACUCUGGUUGGAUCUGAAAGAUAGAUUGAUGGUUGGGGGUCGGAUCAUGAUUAACUGUGGAGGGAAUGUAGUCCAUGUUACUGAAAAUGGUAUGUGUAGUGAAGUAUCCUCAACCGAUUGCUUCUUGCCACAUAUUUCUGUGAUUGAGGCUCUUUCCGAAGUAUUUCCUAAACAGGUGUGUUGGAAAAAAUUGCCGAAAGAGAAGGGUGAGAACUAUCUUGCUUUGACUGGACCAUUUCCCGAAUUGCAGUCCUGGUCUGCUGUUGUUCCAGAGCCAUUAAGAGGGAGUGUGAAGGAAUGGAGUCCGUAUGAGCCUCUUUCAUGAUCUACAACAUGUUCUUUCAGAUUUGUUUGAUGGUUGAAGAUGACGGACACUAACCAUGUCUUCAAAUAUCCUUGUGAGCUUUUGAGUUGUUUCGUAUAAUAUGUUCGCAGCUCCCAAUUUCAUUUGAGCUACUAUUGUGUAUGUAUGGGAUAUGGGUAGUAUUGAAAAGCUUGGAUUUCAUCUUUUGAUUUUGAUUGCUAUUGUUAGUCUCCUUGAUAAACUCAUUAUAUCCAUUCGAUGAAAUUUGAACUAUAUUCCUAGACAAACUAGGAUUACAUUUCAAAAUUUUAAAGUAAGUACAAUAUGAUUCAAUCUCA